UAUUCCAACUUUUAACACAAAACCAUAAAGAGGGUUGCAACUUGCAACACCAUAGUUGUUGCUAGAAAGCUGUUACAGGUAAGUAGUUCCAUUGUUCCAACAACGACAUUAUUUAUAACAAACUUUGUUUUGGAAAAACAUAGGAAAAAGUGAAAGCCAAAAAAGCACAACAGAAAAAUUAAAACAUGGGAGUAAGCAACAACAUCACUUCAGUGCUAAACUUCAUAGCCCUCUUGGCCUCAAUUCCCAUCAUAGCAUCAGGGAUAUGGCUAGCAUCCAAGACAGACAAUGAGUGCAUCCACAGUUUCCGGUGGCCGGUUUCCGUCCUCGGAAUCCUCAUCCUCCUUGUUUCUCUAGUUGGCUUUGUUGGUGCUUAUUGGAACAAACAAGGGAUUUUGGGAUUUUACCUUUGUUGCAUGGCAAUUCUCAUAGGAAUUCUGCUGUUCGUACUUGUGUUUGCAUUUGUUGUUACUAGGCCUGAUGGAAGUUAUGCUGUUCCUGGAAGAGGCUACAAGGAGUCAAGGAUUGACGGGUUUUCUUCUUGGCUAAGGAACCAUGUCACUGGCUAUGGAAGUUGGGAGAAGAUAAGGGCUUGUUUGGCUGGUUCUGAUGUAUGCAUUAAGCUCACACAGGAUUUCAUCACUGCUGACCAGUUUUUCAACUCUCAUAUCUCUCCUUUACAAUCAGGGUGCUGCAAACCUCCAAGUUCAUGUGGCUACAACUAUGUGAACCCAACAUUGUGGGUAAACAAUGCAAAUCCAAUGGCAGACACAGAUUGCAACAUGUGGAGCAAUGACCAGAGUCAACUCUGCUACAAUUGCAAUGCAUGCAAGGCUGGCUUAUUAGGAAACCUCAGAAGAGAGUGGAGAAGAGCCAACUUCAUUCUCAUUCUUGCUCUGCUUCUUCUCAUUUUCGUCUAUCUCAUUGCAUGCACUGCCUUCAACAAUGCUCAAACACAACACCUUUUCCAAUGUUACAAAACGGGUUGGGUUUAAUAAAUCUUAAUUUUUUUUUCCUUUUAUCAUUUUUUUAGAUCAAGAAUUAAUUCAUAGCUGAUUUGAGCUCCAUCUAAGGAUUUAUCGCUGGUUAAUGAGCUGCUGCAUGUACAAGAUGAUAUUCGAACUCCCGACUCUUACUUAAGUGGAUGAGUGAGUUGAUUAAUCGACCAACCCAAAUUUGUUUUUUUUUCUUUUAUCAUGAUCAAAUCAACCUAGUUUUUUGUUCUUGUAAGAACACUUAUCCUUAGUGUGUGUAUAUUCUUUUGGAAUUUUGGUUUUGACUUUGCUAUUUGGAAUUAUAAUUUUUUUUUUAGAAGUUACUGACUUUUUUACACUAUAGUUAUCAACUAUAUGUAUGAGUUAAAAAUUGUUUGUUAUUCAUUGUGGACAGUUACAAUGAUUGUACGAAAUGGUCGCUAAUCAAAUUGAUUCUGAUGGAAGGUUUUAUAAGACUUUGAACUCUCUAACCAGUAACUAAACCUUUGUGAUGUCUUCCAAAGUUUUGAUCACAUGUAUUGAAACAACUGGGUAGAAAAUGAUAAUAAAAGAGUAUUAAUUUUUAAUUAGUCAAUUUUUCUUUUUUAAUUGAAGAAUUUUUAUUUUUGGAGAAUUUAGGAUUUAAGCGUAUAUAAUUCUCGAAAUAUGAAUGGUUUCUUGGAUACAACUUUUGAAAAUGAGACACUUUGAUUCUGGAAUCAACAAUAAAAAGAAAUCCGUGUGGGGAAGUGAGGGAACCCACUUUAGGUGUAUUUAACUUUUAAUGCAUGGCCAGGCAAAAAACAAUAAAAAGAAAACCGACACUACUGACUUGUGAAGAAACAAAUUGCCUUUUGAUUUUGAAUUUUCAAGAUCUACCACGUUGAAAAUUUGAAAUAAAAGAAAGAUCUUAACACAACUAGCAAUAUUUUUUAUGCGUUAGUGUAGAGUACAAGAAAUCAGGAGCUUAGAGUUCAAGCUUGUGUCCAAUGCUGGGGGCAAUAAGCACUAAACAGCUUCAAAAUCUAUGCUGCAUAAA